AUGCGAGAGGGGAUUGAAGAGGCCGACCGUGCCCAACAGGCCCCGAGGCACCCUGGCACACCAGAGGCUGCGGCAGCAGGAGUAGACAGCCGGGCGCAUACCGGCCCAGACCUAAAGCAGCACCACCCACAGAACCCGAGCCUCCGAACCCCACCGGGACCCGCGCCCGAGGGCAACACGCCCCAGGGAUCCCAGACCCCCGGACCCAUCCCGGACCCACCCAGCAACUUGGACUUCAUCUUCCUCCAAAGGAAGUCUGAGUCUGAAAUGUUCCAGAACUGCUUCUUUAACUUAAAGUUUCUCACUGGAGCUUAUCGCAGCAGAUUGAUUGAAGAGCAGAAGAUGGAGUAUAUCGAUGUGAAGGAGGAUGGAGCAGAACGUUCCUCUGUGAGGAUUGAUAGGUCCAAAGGACACCCUCUAGACUUCAGCAAAGGACCUGGACCCUCUGCUACCAGAUGCAAUAAGCCACUCCAGCCUGUUCUAUCAGAACCCCCUUCUUGCCCUCAGUGUGGAAGAACCUGCAAAACCAGAGAUGGACCUAUGAGUGUCCAUCAGUGCAGCUGUACAGCAGCAGAUGUUGGUCUGAUGGAGAUUCUAGAGGAACAUAAGAGCAGCCUGAAGAGAAGAUGUGAAAAUGUGACUGAAGGCAGCAAUGAAACAGGAAGUCAAACCCUCCUCAACAGGAUCUACACUGAGCUCUACAUCAUAGAGGCACAGAGUGAAACGCUCAAUACCCAUCAUGAGGUGAGGUGGAUGGAGAGAGCUUCCAAGAUCCAAAACCUCCAUGAUACUCCCAUCAGGUGCCAUGACACUCCCAUCAGGUGCCAUGACAUCUUCAAAGCCUUCCCUGACCAACAUGGACCAAUCAGAGUGGUUCUAACCAACGGCGUCGCUGGUGUUGGAAAAACCUUCUCAGUGCAGAAGUUCACUCUGGACUGGGCAGAGGGCUUGGAGAACCAAGAUGUCAGUGUGGUGGUUCUGCUUUCCUUCAGGGAGCUGAACCUGAUCAGAGAUCAGCAGCACAGUCUUCUCACGCUGCUCCAUGUUUUCCAUCCAACACUCCAUAAGCUCCCAGCAGAGAAGCUGGCUGUCUGGAAGCUUCUCUUCAUCUUUGAUGGCCUGGAUGAAAGCAGACUUUCUUUGGACUUCAACAACAGUCUGAUUGUUUCUGAUAUCACACAGAAAACAUCAGUCAACAUUCUGCUGAUGAACCUCAUCAAGGGGAACCUGCUUCCUUCUGCUCUGGUCUGGAUAACUUCCAGACCUGCAGCGGCCAGUCAGAUUCCUUUUUCCUGUGUUGCCAGAGUAACAGAAAUACGAGGCUUCACUGACACCCAGAAAGAGGAGUACUUCAGGAGGAGAUUCAGGGAUGAAGAGGAGAAGGCCAGCAGGAUCAUAUUCCAUAUCAAGACCUGCAGAAGCCUCAAUGUUAUAUGUGUGAUCCCUGUCUUCUGCUGGAUCACUGCUACAGUUCUGGAUGAUCUGCUAACCACAGAGCAGAGAGGAGAGCUGCCCAAGACUGUGACUGACAUGUACUCACACUUCCUGCUGGUCCAGACCAGGAGGAAGAAGAACAAGUACCAUGAAGGGCAUGGUAGAAGUAUGCAGGAGCUGAUGGAGGCUGACAAGAAAGUUCUCCUGAAGCUGGGGAGGCUGGCGCUUGAACAACUGAUGGUAAAAAACAUCAUGUUCUACCAAGAAGACCUGGAGGAGGUUGGUCUGGAUGUAAGAGAGGCCUCUGUGUUCUCAGGCAUUUGUACAGCUAUCUUCAAAAGAGAGAAUGUGAUCUUCCAGAAACAGGUCUACAGUUUUGUCCAUCUGAGCAUCCAGGAGUUUAUGGCUGCAGUUUACAUGUUCCACUGUUUCACCAGCAGGAACACAGAGGUACUGGGGAGCUUCCUGAGAGAAGACUGCAGUAAAAAAUCUCUGGAGGACUUACUGAUGACAGCUUUGAGGCAAAGCCUUAUAUAUGGAAAUAACCACCUGGAAUUGUUUGUUCGCUUCCUUCAUGGCCUCUCUGUGGAGUCUAAUCAGAGACUCUUAGGAGGCCUGCUGGGUCAAAUGGAGAACAAUCCAGAAUCAAUUAAAAACAUCAUCAAGAAUCUAAAGGAGAUGGAAGUUCCUGUAGAUAGCUGUCCAGAUGCAGCCAUUAACAUCUUCCUCUGCCUGAUAGAAAUGAAGGAUCUCUCAGUUUAUGGCGAGAUUCAAAAGUUCCUGAAAUCUGAGAACAGAUCCGAGCAGAAGCUCUCAGAGAUCCAGUGCACAGCUCUGGCCUAUAUGCUGCAGAUGUCAGAGGAGGUUCUGGAUGAGUUGGACCUGGAGAAGUACAACACAACAGAUAAUGGACGAUAUAGACUUUUACCAGCAAUAGUGAACUGCAGAAAGGCUCGAUUUGUUAAUUUCCAGUUCGAAAACAUCGACCAAGUUUUUGUCUGUUAUUUGAACACCAACCCCCCCCAUUUGACGGAACUGGACCUAAGCAGCAUCAACUUUAAAGAUGACAGAGUGAAGGGUCUCUGUGAUUAUCUAAAGAAACCUCUCUGCAAACUACAGAUAUUAAGAUUGAGGCUGUGCAGAUUGUCAAGCAUCAGCUGUGCUUAUCUGGGCUCAGCUCUUAACUUCAACCCUUCCCAUCUGAUAGAAUUGGACCUGAGUCAGAAUGAAGAACUGAAAGACGCUGGAGUGAAGAAUCUCUGUGAUGCUAUAAAGAACCCCCUCUGCAAACUACAGAAAUUAAAAUUGUGCAGCUGCAGGUUGUCAAAGAUCAGCUGUGGUUAUCUGAGCUCAGCUCUGAAGUCCAAUCCCUCCCAUCUGACAGAACUGGACCUGCUAGGAAAUAACCUGAAUAAGGCCGAUGUUAAGCAGCUGGAAGAUCUUGUAACACGUCCAGACUACAAACUGGACACUCUGUGGUGGUGGUGGGUGACUCUCUAGAGACAAGAAGAUGUAAGCUGUCCUGAUGAUUCACAGGAGUUGAAGCAGCAGCAGCUAAAGUUAAUGGAGACUCUGACUGGAUCAUGAUGAUGAACUCUAAUUUUAGAGAACUUAUUCCUAUUUCUUUAUGUCUAUAAAGUUGUGUGUGAUAUUGUAGCUAAAAAAGAAAAUCUAAUUAAAAUUAACAUGCAUUUAAUGGUAAUUGGUAUUUUUUUAAAUCAGAUUCUGAUGAAGCCAUAUAGUUUAUAGUUUUUCUCUCAUUUAUUUUAAUCAUGAGUUGUAUGAUCAUGUUAAAAUUCUGAUGUUUUCAGGCUGAAUGUUUAUAUAAGAUGUUUUAUGGGAAUCUUUGCUCACUCUGUUUAUCAUUUUAUCUGUUUCUGCUAAAAGCUCACUGUGUAAAUGAUACUUUCAUUUACAGGAUGAAUGAACUUUAAACCAAAUAUUGCAUUCCAUCUUUCUGAUUGUAAAACAUAAAACUGA